GGCGAGCUUUCGAUCAUCGCUUCUCGGUACAUUCCCUGGCCAUCAUCACAGUCGCGAACAAGCGGAUUUUUUUUGCUGUAAAAAGAGAGUGCGUGAAUAUUGAAUGCGAAUGGCUGCGAACCAAAAUCGACUAAUGGUUUGCAUGUGUCGCUAGAAUCGUUACCCCGGACGUGUUAAACGAUCGUUAGUGAGUGGUGUUCGGUACUGUGUAUGCAAUCGGGUAAAUUUGUGCAUUAAACAACAGUGAAAAGUGCCUCAAAAUUUUCCCUGGUGCCCUCUUGAAGAAGGAAAAAAAUUGGAGUGCCUCACACAAACACAUCUUGCCUUAUAACAUAACCUGCCCACACAUACGACUGUGUGUGCUGCUGCUGCUGCUGUUCAGUCAUCAUCAUCGGGGUUCGUCUCUUUACAUGUGGAAUAACAUUAGCAGAAGCAGCACCAGCAAAGGAGUGAACCGAUAGAAGCCCACAGCUCUAGACGGCUGACUGCCAAUAGUAGUAGGAAGGAAGCAUUGGCUACGGCACACACACACGCGGGGACGGUGCUUUGCGGAUCGAGGAACGGUGCAGAAGUUAUCCCACGACAUCGUCGUCAUCACCGUCAUUAUCAUCAUCAUCAUCAUCAGCCUGCACAGACCGUCUUUGUGAGGGACCACCACCGACGAACCUCAACCGGACUGUGAACCGUGUGCCUUGCGCUCUCAUCAACCUCAACCAACUUUACCUCCCGACCGUACCACCACAGCGCAAAAGCGACUUGCAUCGGUGAGACGCGAACCCGUUGCUUUUUUAGGCUGGCUGGCUGGCUGGCUGACUGGCGGGUAUUGUAAGAAAUAUUCGGACAAUUUGUCGGUACCCCACAACCGAAGAAGACGAACGCCUUAGCGGAAAGAGCAGAGGAGAAAAAAACAAGAAGGGGGAAAAUGUAAUUGUUUUCGUUGCGCGAUGAGUCCCGCAAAGCGUUAGAGAGAUUGGUGACCCCGGUGGGAAGAAUCGGUUUCGGAAGCAACAAAUGCCACGAGCACACACAGCUAGCUAGGGAGGAAUCGAUCGUCACCGAAUAGUUGCAAGUUACUUGGAAAAAAAGCAACAAAAGCGUCGGCAAGAGAAGGUGGUACAGUAAAAUGAAACUGGUGUAUCGCGAUCGAUUUUACUACGACGAAAAAGACAACGGUUACGAUCGCGCAAGCUGCUGCCGCGUUGGUGAGAAUGUUGCUGCUGCCAUCCGGGGACGUUGGUCAUCUGCAUCUAGUAUCCCCUCGUCUGCGGUCAAUCUCUGCUGCGGGCAGGCCGCUGCCGGAACAAGCUGCCAACAGGAACAACAAAACGGCCAUUGGAAUGUCGUUGAACGAUCACCGCUGGGCACCAGCUAUCACGUCACCGGUGUCAAUUGUGAAAAACAUCCACUGGACCAGCGUUACUGUCGCUACUAGUCGUCCUACCAGUACCAAGCAACCGCUGGGACAGAGUUUGAACAAGUCUGGCACCGUUCCUCCUCCUCGAGAACCGACCGCUGCAAAUUCCAGACGAUCGAAGGGGAAUAGCCUUGCCAGAUGUUCAGGCGCUAACCGCAGCGACAGCAACACAGGUGAAUGAUUCCGUUCCCCCACCUGGAAUCGCCACAAAUAAGUAGUAUUAACCAGAAGAAGAAGAGCAAAAAAACUGACCUGCGAAAAAAAAGUAAAGUGAAAUAUGUUCCGUGAAGAAUAAGUGCAUCAUCGAAUAAUUGUGUAUAGUUAAGUUUUGAGUAUUUCCCCUAUCUACUAAGACGAAAAAGUAAUGAAAUAAUAGUUCACUGCCUGUGCGCAUAAGUGAAGGUAGACGAAGAAGAAAAAGAGCAAAAGACUCGUCAAAUUGAACAGAGCGAAGAAAAUCCCGUGUGAAGAGCGCUGGAGAAAGACUCCCCCGACGCAGUUGUAUACAGUACAAAGAAGGAAGACUAAAAGCUAAAGUGAAAAGUUUUUGCCGAAAAGCAUAGAGUGUUUUUUUCUCGUAUUGUUUUCGAAGAAACACCACACACACUGUUAGUUCGUACGUGACAGAUAGCUAGGCGAAAAAGCAGCAAGAAGACGAAACACGGCAAACAACCGAACGAAGAAGCAAAAUAAGAGCAGACGGACGGAGUAAACGACGCAAAAGCAGAAGAAGAAGACGCCGACAGCAACCUCUUUCAUUCAUAAGCAAUGAAUAGAAAUAUAGUAAAAUUCUAUGCAAUACUAUUCAUCAUGCUGUCAUCAGUUGUGUUAAUCACAGACUGCUGUUCGAGCAGAUCAAUGCCAAAAUCACGCCCCCGGCCAGUUUCGCACUUUCGUGGUGUGAUAACGACCUCCUCGGCGAAGAUCACCACCACCAACGGCAAUGGCGAUUCCACCACAUUCACCCUGAUAACCACCAAGACGACAUCGACGGUCAGCGAGUCCCAAUCGGAGACGACAUCGACGGUGACGGAUCCGAGAAGCGGCCCCGGACCUGGUCCUGGCGGAGGAGGCGGCGGCGGCAGCAGUAGAAAUGCCGGCUCAAUUACCUCCACCAGCACCAGCACCACCACCACCAACGCAGCCGGUGGAAACGCCGGCAACAGUAAGGAUCAGCUGAUGCGAAUGGGUAAGUGUUCGCUGCUGUUCGAGGAAAACUACUGUCUCAAUGGUGGCAAGUGUUACAACUUCACGAUCGCCAACUCGACGAUGCCAACGUGCGAGUGCGCUGAUGGAUUCAUGGGUGAACGGUGCGAGUCAAAGUACUUAGAUGGGACUUACCUAAGCAUGCGUAAGUCCAAGAUACACAUCGAGACGGCCAGCAUCUACUACGGGGCGUUUUUGGCACUAAUAGUGGUGCUAGUGUUGCUAUAUUUCCUACAUUGUUUCCAGUCCGCAUCGGCGGCUUCGGUUUCGAAGGCAACCGGAAGCAGCACCAGCAGCAGCAAGUUGCUGAAGAAGAGUAAAAAGGUGUACACCGAUUCAGGUCGUAUUACGUUUCCUUGUUUUGUUCAUGUUGGAUUUAGGCUAGACAUUCGAUGGAUAGUCCGCCAUUUGAGACGCAUUUACUGGAAGAUAGUUGGAUAGACUAAGAGCGACGGUAAAUUAUGAACAAAUUUAGACAUGCGGAAUGUGCGGAGGUAAAUUAUAAAUAGUUCUGCCCUUCGAGUGAAGGGCAGGGCGUUCGAAUGCAACGAAGAGACAACAUCGCUCACGAUUACAAUCCGAUCUGAGAGAUCAAAUCAGUGCGAGAGAGAAAGAUAGAAAGAGAGAGAAGAAAGACAGUGGGGUUCGAGUGUUCGAGCGAUUAGCGUGAGCUUAUUAUAUUUGUUGCAUGCAGGCUUUGCAUGGGUAUGAAAUCGAAGGAUCGUACGGCUCGAAACUCGAACACCACGUUUGUCCGGACCGGAACCGGACUCGAAUAGUUUUGCGCUGGAGAUGUUAGAAAAAAUCAAACGACAACCCGGAGAGUAACAGAGAGUGCAUUAAUUUAUUGCUAAUACUUUAUAUUUUUCCUUUAAGAAUAUUUUCCACGUGUAAAAAGUAGCUACUCUAAGGAAAACAUAGUGCUUAAGGGAAAGAAUCGCUGGCGUUGUUAGGUUUAAGGGAUAAAGUUUAGUUUACUGUUAACGAGUAAGAACAAAAAUCACCGCCUUCCAGAAAAAAAACAACAACCAAACAAACAAACAAUUACAAAACAGACAACAAAACAAGUCAAUAGCCAAUCUGAUUUUUUUUUGUUUUCCAUCGAAAAAUCACGUCAAUGAAAUAGUCAUGUAAUUUUUUUUUUUAACAAGCUUUUUCAACAAUCAUCAACCACAAAAACCCAAGCAUCACUCAUCACUUUCACACUUAUCGAACUAACGAGCCAAAGAGUACGUUUUAGUACUUUUAGAAUUUGUAAGUUGCUGGUUAAGAUUUUUCGUUCAGGUUUUUCGUUUCGCGGUUACAACACAAUGCCAGAUAUUAUAUUUAUUAUUAAGUAUUAUCCCGAGUCUCGGUAAGGAAUAAAAUUGUCUGAAACUCGCCAACAACAUCGGUUCUCGGUUGAACGGUACAGCUGAGAAAGCAUCAUAGUACACUGGUCGUUGUCCCAAUCCGUCCCGGCUGGUGGGACAGUGGAGGAACGUUGUAUUCGAAGAUCGGUCGAGACAGAGGAUGAAAUGACAGUGGGAGAGUAGUGAUGACGGGUAACAUUUCAUGUGGGUGUGCGUGCAUUCUGGGUUUCGGGAAAAAUAGGUGAAGCACUAUUACUCGCUUCUUGCUCCCAGAUUUUACUAAGCUAAAAGAAUCUCUCCUGUUUAUUACGAUUUCCUAUUAGAAGAGUAGGUACAUGCAGUAACUAGGUUCAUUCGGUUUGAGUCGGAGUACUUUCAUCUUCUCCGGGCACUGGAGGAAAUCUAUGCUUUCCAUCGAGAAUUUUUCGAAAACAGACCUUAAGUUUCAGGGAAUGGUUUGAAAAACGAAAUAAUUCGACGCUCAGAACAUGAAUCAGCUUCCGUCUUAUCUGUGAGAUUAGCAUGGAUAUUUGAAAAAUGGGGAAUUUUUGAUCCGCUGAGCUUUGAACAGUUAUAACAUUUUAGAGAUUUCCUAGCAUAGUGCUGUCUUCAGCAAAGUUGUUAGUUACUUCCUGGACUAUACUUUUACGUAUUAAGUUUCAUACUUCAGGAAAAUUUUCGAUCUCUAGCCAUGAACAUGUAAAACAUUCGUAAAGUAUUCGUAAACCUUUGCGAAGCAGGGUCCCCUAUCACUUUUGUUUUCGGGCACUCAAUUAUCUUAAUACCUGGGUCGAUUCUAAACUUUAGACUGUCUUGGAUUCCUAUAUCCGCAGAUUUUUUCUGAAAUCAGCUUUAAAUCCUGAGACUCUUGUGCUGCUGGAUUCGCUGGAUCUCUCCACAUUUUUUUUAUUUCUGUUUUUUUUAUUCUGUUUUCUAUCUAUCUCUGAAUUAGGGGAGGUUCUGACAAUUUUAUUUUGUUAUGUGCAUAUAAGAAUAUUUCGAUCAGAAUGAAAUCUCCAAAAUAGUAAUAAAUGAGAAAUCACGCCUCGCGUGUAAUUAGAAUAAUAAUGGAUUAGUAUCAUGUAUCAACGGAAGAUAUAGUUUUAUUUGUCUUGCAGUGACCACAUUUUCGAAGAUUUGGAUUCUGCUGAAUAAACGGACGUACAUAAGUAGAGAACGGAGUUUUUCGUGCUGUGAAUAAGUAUACUUUUCAACCAGAUCCUGAACGGAAAAACUACAGUUCAUUCUGACGAUGCAUGUAGAAUAGACUGGUUCAAUUUUUGACUUUUAGCUCCACCAGGCUCUACUGAUUCCUUUUAUGGCCCUUAGUAAUUGUGCAAAUUUUGGUACCGAUCGGUUGUGUCUACGGACCCUCCAAAAAUUUUAUAUGGAAGUUUGUAUGAAAAAUCGGUUAACAUUGAAAAUAAAUUCUUAAAAAAUCACCUCAUGAAUCAAUUCAUGAGAACACUAUAUAUUUCAAAAGGUAUUCUUCUACUGAACAUAUUCAGGGAGCAUUGCAAGUUUAUGAAAAUUCGCUGAGAAAAGUUAUUAACUAAAGAAGCAGCAUGACUUCAAAACAAGUGGAUUUUAUUAUUAAUCAUAGCAACCCUGUUUGAAUAGCUGUAUCUGCCAUACGCGAGAGCUGGGUGGCAAGUCUAGUUUACACUUGUAUAACGAUGUAGCUAUUCAAACAGGGUUGCUAUAAUUACUAAUAAAAUCCACUUGUUUUGAAGUCAUGCUGCUUCUUUAGUUAAUAACUUUUCUCAGCGAAUUUUCAUAAACUUGCAAUGUUCCCUGAAUAUGUUCAGUAGAAGAAUACCUUUUGAAAUAUAUAGUGUUCUCAUAAAUGGUUGAUGAGGUGAUUUUUUAAGAAUUUAUUUUCAAUGUUAACCGAUUUUUCAUACAAACUUCCAUAUAAAAUUUUUGGAGGGUCCGUAGACACAACCGAUCGGUACCAAAAUUUGCACAAUUACUAAGGACCAUAAAAGGAAUCAGUAGAGCCCGGUUGAGCUAAAAGUCAAAAAUUGAACCAGUCUAAUGUUGAACCUGAGAGAAAAUUUAGGAGACCUACAAAUUGGCAUCGCACAUAAAGCUCCCGUAGGUAACAUCAUUCGAACGAUCGGUCAUCAUAGCGCAAACUGUACACGACACGGAACAAGAGGCCGCCUGUGGACAUCUACAUGUGGAAAUGGAGUCCUUGAUGUAGUGAAUAAGCCCAACGGCAUCAUCUUGAACACCUGAGAAACCAAUUUUCUCAGCGAAGAUGCCUAAGUAGCCAUCGAUCUGCCGAUAUGUUCCAGCUCCAUUGGAUGGUCGUUGAAUUUUAGCAAGGAAGGUACCACCAUCUUCCUAUACAGAUAGCUCACGCCAGCUAUCUAAUCUCACCAAUACGACGAAAGCUUUGGCUGUAUGACCGAGUUAAUUGGCAGGCUGCUACCCGUCGACACCCACUAUCCAUAGCUUAUCAUUUCACUAUAUAAGCGCCCAAUCGUCAACGGAUGGCGAUAGUAUUAUCGUGUACCCAUCGCAUUAUUAGUUGGUAGGAUAUCUCGGAUGCUAUUUUCAAUCAUCGGAACAAUAUCGAUUGGGUUCCAGUGCUCGAAUCUGGAGAUGUUGAUGAUAUGGCAGAAGACUGCUUUUUAGGUGAAAUCAAUCGGUGGUUUGAAUUGAAUCUAUCUCGUGUCAGAUCGCCCGUUUUUCCUGCUUGGAGUGCGUUUCAGCUGCGCCAAUUAAAACGUGAGCGGAAUACUUUUCAACGUAAACUGACUUUCAACGAUCUAUCAGCGCAUGUCGUUAACUAAACGCAAGUUUGUACGAAUCCCAUGUACCCCAAAUGCAGACAAAUCUGCGACGUUAUCCUCGAGGUACCUUCCGAAGUGUUUCUUGAAAAUGCACUUGCCACAACGGUGGCGUAAGUCGUGGGAAUAGUUUUCGUUUUGCUGGUGUUUUCUCGAGCAGUUUUAUACUGAGGCAAGGAGCGGAAGACGUUGCUUUCGACGUUCCCAGCGAUAUGAUUGAUUUAGGAACUUCCGUAAUUACUCCAGGAUUGGUUACACAGACAGCAAAAACAACUGAAAUGCUCGUUUAAUCGUUCGUUUGAGCAAGCCCAGCAUCUUCUCAUUUGGAAGCAAUAGUCCGUGUAUCCCAUUUCUGGAUGGAAUUAGCAGUCACCUAGUCUCUUCUAAGCUACUUAAGAUUGUGAGUGGUGCUAUAUUGGACUGUACAAAGAACUACAUAUCAUUUGUUCAGCACAGAUGCAUACCAGUGAGCUCUGUUAGAACAAAUUGGUAGAGUUUCACGUUCAAGUAUGUUGCUAGCAUGGAGGUCAAAGCGCAGAUGGAUGUCAUCUACAUGGAUCUAAAAAGCAGUAUUUGAUAAGAUUGAUCAUAGAAUACUUUUGUACAAUCUGUUUCGUCUCGGCAUUUCUUAACAUGUCUCCCGACAGAAGCAGUGCAAAGCAAGUACAAGUCAAGAAAGUGUGAGAGAUCAUAAGCUAACGAAUGCUGUUAUCGCUUCUUUCAUUCGACACGUUCAACCGACACCGAAACAAUACGUCUGCCCCACCAUCCGUUAGUAACUCAACCCAGCAAAGCAACAAGCGAAAGUUUUGUUGCAACCAGCAACAUCAAUACCUUCAAACUAAUGAAAAUAAAGUGUUAAGUAAGAGUGUUUACCUAACCGACCCCUUCAGAAGCCAGAAAAUUGAUACAGUCCACUGCAUUGUAGAGCAAUUUAGUUUGGGCAAUAAGUCUGAUGUUCCACAAGGAAGUAACUUGGAACGGUUGCUAUUUGUACUAUUUUCAACGAGAUCGUAUUAACGGCUGCAAAAUGUACCUUGUUAUUCGUACUGUAGAAGAUUGUUGGCAUCUACAACAUUUACUGCAACUAUUCAGGGAUUGGAGUGGCAGAAAUAGGCUUGAUAUUAACGUGGCAAAACGUCAAGUGAUUACGUUCCGUCGUAUUUUAUUCCCUGCGCUGUUUGCUUAUUGCACUAACGGUACAAUAUUGACAAGAGUCGAGCAGGUGUGUGAUGCAGUUGGACACGAAACUGACGUUCGACCUAAACUGCUCGCUGAUAAUUUCAAAAGCAACACGUCAGUAUGCCAAGGACUUCAAAGAUCCGCAUUGUCUGAAGGCACUGUACCGUUCACUUAUUCGCCCUAUUCUCGCAAACGUUUCAGUGAUCUGAUUUCCUCACCAUCUGACGUUGGUGCAUUAGAAUCGGACGAGUGUGGGUAUGGCUCUAAGAAGUCUGCCGUGGCAUGAUCCAGUUCAUCUGCCACCAUAUCUGGAUGGGCACGACACCGCCGACAGGUGCAGCAAGCUCUGGUAAACGCAAAACUUCCUAAAGGAGAAAUGGAUGCUCCAGAGUUUCUUUCAGAAGAAAUUUUUCGGAUUCCAAAUUGCAUCUUACGAAUGGUGGUUUUUGCUCCCGUCUGAGAAUGGCUUGAACAUAUCCACCUAUUUCUACCCUGCAGUUGUGAAGUCAAAUAAAUAAAACAAUCGAACCAUAUCUUGAAGCUAACACCCGAAGCUAUUGCAAACCAUAUGGUGCAAACAACCUCCGUAAUUAUUCCCUGAAAUGGUGGCAGCUGUUUUUGAAGCUCGAAGAAAAAUUGUCGGACUCUUCGGAAGGACCUCAUAAAAACAUCCACUAUAAGAGGUCCAGCUCAGCCAACUACCCAAAGUCUUAAGAGUUAAAGAAAAGGAAGAUGACCGAACGAGUAAAGGCAGCAAAUUGGACGGAGUUUCUCAAUGGCAUAAGACCGACUAAAAUACAAACUAGAUCAGCUUCUAUUAUACGGCAUGGGUAUAGAAUCCAGAAAAUAGUUGUGAAAAAUCUAACAGAUCUGUUGAUUUUUUACCGGUAUCGGUGGAGUCUUCAAAUAGGAGAAAACAACACCCGGCAUUUCUUCGAUUUGUCAGAACGUCGAUGGUAGCAUCGUUGGCUCGUUGGACACACCCUAUUAUCAGACGUAUGGAAUUCGGAAUCGGCUAGAGUUGCUCCAUUGGGGUGAUCCCAGUGUUCGAUGUUUAUUUUGGACGAUUAGACUGUGUUUGUCGCUUCCGGCAGUUCCAGGCACUCGAGAUGAACAUUUAAAUUGGAAGCUCGAAACUUCAGUGGUAUCAUUCUUUCGAGCGAGGUGUUGGCACCAGUAAUCAAAACAUUUGCUUGUUUCUUCGACAAACCCAGACGUUUCGUGAACUCUUCAGUUAAAAAAAAUCACCUUGGAGACAAUGUCCAAUAGGACAUAGUACGGGAAGCAUUGAUUAUUCUUAACGAAUGCCUGCUCCAGUGCUGUAAGUAAUAGUAUCGUCUUGGUUGGCUGGGUGUAGUUGGACGAGCAGAUGGUGGACACAGGAGGGUUCACGGUGGGAGAAUUUUCUGACCCGUUCAUCGUCUUCUGGAGCAGCGUAUGAUACCGGUGUUGGCACUUGUGGCACGACUGCUCAGAGGGACAAUCCCUGCAGCAGUGCCAUUUACGCACGCAGCUAAAGCAAACUACUACGACUCGAAUUCUGUUUCGUUAUUCUGGGAAACCCUGGGUGUUUCAAUGAACGCCACCACAAAUAUCGCAUGCUUGUGUCACAUUGGUGGAAUUUGUAUAAUCUUCGGAAGUUGUUUGAACGAUUUUGGCGUUCGCAUCGUAGGGUUCAUUGUAUGGAAGGCUGCAUCACAGUUCUCCUUGACCUGAACCUGAAGAAAUUGGAUGGUCUGCGUAUACUUGAGAAGUUAACCGUUCUUCCCGGAUGAUCAAAUACACAAUCAUGUGUUCCGAAAAAUCCGUUAUUUCCUAAUCGAGGUACCGUAGGCUUUCGACGUGGUGAAAUGCUUCACUCCGAAGUGCUCGUAUUUCUUAGUGUGAUUCUGAUGUCAUCUUCUUUAACGCCAAUAAUCCAGAGAUCAUUUCACUAUGAACCCUUUUAUCUCAUAACAAUCCGUCAAGAUGUCCCAAGUGGGGUCGUACUCACCCUCGCUUGGAAACUUGUUGUUCAGCAUAACAUCUGCUUCGCCUAAUAGCGCUUUAUCGAGGUGAUAUAGUUUCACGGCAUCCCCAAAGUUAGUCAUCAGAUCUUAGAAUAUGACUGUUAUUUAACAAUUUUUAAACACAGAUUAUUUUUCACAGAUGACAAAUUUUUGACCUUUUAAUGAACAUUUCAUAGAUUUCCACAGAUUUUCGAAAAUGUUUCGAUUUUCCACAGAUUUCGUUAUGGAAAUUUCACAUUCUGUUUCAGGCAUCUCAAAUGGUAAACAGAUUUUUUAAACUGAAACACAGAUUUCUCUGGGGCAUCCCUGUUCCAGGCAGAGGACUCACGCAAAGCGGAUGCACUGAAAAGCUUCCAGGAAUAACGGACGGCAGCAUGUGCCAUGCAAUCUAUGGGGGAAACGUCAGCAUCGCCCAAUUGUUCAACGGUCUAGUGGCUAUACGGAUAAGACAGAAGAUGAAGUUGAAGAACUUACACAACAAAGAUCCGUAACCUCUAUCUAUUCGUCACUGUGCCAAAGGUAGAAGGAAAAGGCCGAAGAAAUUGCUUUAAUUUUUCGCCAAGCAUCGACGAUAUUUAUAACUUCAACUUGCUGUGAGUUCUCGAAUGAGGACGAAGUGGCUCUUGAGGACAGUACUCCAACGAUUAUCCAAUGCUUCAAUGGCAGCUUUUAACGGUGAAAUUUGCCAUGUUGGAACUCUUCAACAGAAUAUGGCGUACCGUGUUAGCAAACUGGAACCAUCAUCCCAAUAUCAAAACCAUUCGAGUGACGCGGGUUCAACUACAUUCCGUCCAAUCACCUUAACGAGCUGUAUAGUGAAGGUUUUCGAGCGAAUAGUUCUGUUGACUACCGAACUAGAAACAAAAAUAGAAGGUGUAGUCGCUCCGACAAAAACGCUGCUGAGAAUUCUUGAUGUUACUCUCGACUAAUCGUUCAACAUUAAAAUUCUCUGUAACCUGACGAAGAAUUUCUGCGCUGGUUAGGCUGCAUAUAUUGAAAAUGGUUCGAGCCAGACUCUCACGUGGUCAGCGUGGCUCUCUGCUGCAAAUCGAAUCAGCUAUUGAUCCCUCACGAAUGUUGUACGGGACGGAGCUCGUAGCCAGAGAAGAGAAUACCGUCAACCAAACUCUGGCACCUGCACACAACGGGAUGAUAUGUUAGAAUUGCCCGUUCUGCUAACCAUUGCAUAAUUAACAUCCGUAUGUUGGAUAAACUUAGGGAUAAUGCUGCUCUUCCCAUCGGUACAUUGAGCUUCGUUUGAUAGAGUUUAUCGGAACACCUCUUCCAAACAUUUGCUCUCUUACGCGGGUAAUUGCUCGGAAGUGGUACGAUCCCAAGCCCCAGAUCGCGUAGGACAUCAAGAAAUACAUGAAAGCAAAGUUGUCCGUUCAGCUAUUCGGGAGCUGCUGCCAGAUCGGUUCAGCCGUUCAACAGUCGUCUAUAUCGAUGAUUCGAAGAACGAUAACACUGUAGACGAGGGAAUAUCUUCCAACAAUCCUUCCACACGUGCACCACAGCGAUUUGCUAAUCAUGUCCGAUUCGACAAGCUUGAUGACAUGCUCGGAAACCGUUAAAUCAAUCCUUGCUGGAUCUCAGGUCACACUGGCAUCCGCGGUAAUGAAGAGACAGACCGAAUCGUACAAGAAGCAGCCAGGGGCAUUGCUCCAUUGGACAUAUCCUUUACUGGAGCAGACGCCGUUGGUCAAAUCAAAGCAGCUAUCUGAAAUCAAUGAUACCAGCGGAGGUGUGCAUUCUCUGAGGUAAAACUGCCCGAAAUAAAAUUCAACAGGGUAAAAUGGACUGACCGCGAGAAUUCGGCUGAGAGUAAGGUAUACACGAUUGACUCACGAGCUGAAGAAGACACCUGCAUCAGUGUGCGACUGUUGACAACAAACAGAUAAUGCUAAGCUUCCCCAAAGAAACAAAUUCGUUCAAAAAGAUCUAGUAUGCCCAUCUUUGAAAUGUAAAUCAAAUUACACUCCCUUCGACACUGAUGCACCACAUUGCAGUGUAUAGAAUGUCGUAAAUAAAAAUAUAGCUGCACUAGACGUCAACUCAUUGAAAUGAUCCGAUUGAACUGGCUGGAGUUUUGGUACGGAUCUCAACUUGUAUGCGGAAGAGCCAACAGAAACGCUAGCAAGGCCAUGUGACACCAUUAUGGUAAGCAAACGGAACCCAUGGAACAGACAGCGUCCAGCUUACUGGUGGAACGAGGUGUUCGGCGCCAUCCACGACGAAAUGCCGACUCCGAUCGCUAGGGGGAUGUGUGCAUUUUGUGUGGCGACGGAGAGGAUCAGAGGUGUCAUGUCCACCCAGGAAAUGUGCUCUGACUAACUGAAGAUUAUCGUAGAAGAAACCUCCACGAAGAUCCAACGGUCGUAUGAUCAAUUGUAUAGUAGACGGCCAGGUAGAGCGGUAGGAAUGAUAUAAAUUCCCUAUAAGGAACUAGCAACAGUGUAUAUACUAAAAGCUGUCCAGACAGUGAUUGAAAGAGCCGAGAUGACACUCAUGCAGCGAAGAAGAGGUUAACAAUAGAGUAACCUGAGAAGCCAUUCACUGAUUUGCUGCACUAAAUGAAAUCUGUGAAAAUUUUUAAGGAAUUGGGUUCAUUUUUACGGUUCAAACAGGGUACAGAUAUCCUACAGGAGUCAAACACCGGAAUGGGAUCUAGAAUAGUGUGCUGAUACCUGAGCUGCGUAGGGGUGUAGAGAUUGCCAGGCGGGCGGAUGACAUCUUUUUAAAGGUACUAAAAUAAACGCUGGAAAGGAUGAAAAAUUUGUAGAUGAAGGCGAUCGGUACAAUUAGAAACUGGAAGUUACGAGAUGUAGUUACCACAAACCGGAAGUGCUGUUGCUCAGCUGUCAAAGUCUCGAGGCGUGCGCUAGAACAGCUUUAGCGCAAUGACGGAUGACGCCCUAAACUUCAACAAUCAUUUCGACUAUGCCUGCAAGAAGGUGGUCAACACUAUCAGUUAGGUCCUGGAGUUGCACCACUGGAAUCACAGCGUAAUUGAGUAAAAUUGAGUAGUGCGUUCACGGUCAUACGAGUCAUAAGCGCGUACAGCGCAGUACGCAAAGAGUUGAUCUGAUGUCCAGGUGGCAGCAAAUUUAAGAUUUGGAUGUCCAAAUGGACACUGGAGAAAUAAUCGAUUUGAAGCAAUUCCUGCCUGGUGAUUAUUGAUUCAGACAUCGGUUCGUGCUCGCUUAGUCACCGUUUUGUCCAAAGUGUGUCAAUGUCGAAAAAAGCCGGAGCACGAGGUCCUUAUAAGUCCUAGAUUCGCAUGUAUCGAUUCGAGAGCACAUGGAAUGCAGUCAACAGAGCAAUUACACGAAUACUGUCAAAUCUCCAGUAAAAGUGGCGUAUCGAAUACCUGGAAAAAUGUGGUGAGUAGUACCUAGUCGCUGAAGACAGAUACCCAUUGGGAUGGAUAUUUGAAGAAAAACGGAACAUCGGUGUCUAUCGCGGAACACUCCGUCGGAGUAGAGUAAAUGAGUCGCUGGGGACCAUCCGAGUGGAUCACGACCAAGCUCGGAUCGCAAUGGCUCACCAAAACUGCUAUCCGUCUCGGGAAAAAUUCCACUGUCAGGGAUCACUCUAUCGAAGUAGGGUAGAUUCACUGCCGGUGGUCGAGGAUUACUUGAGUAGAUCACCGGGAAAUAUAUGGUUCAAAGGAUGGAACGCAUUCGGAGGACUUAAAGGGCUCAAGUGUAGUAUUCGCUAGGACACUAUCGACAGUUACUUGAGUAGCGGGAGUAUGCUGAUUCCAUCAAUAUAGUUUGGCGUUCGAAUAACGAACAAUGGACAAUAUGAGUGGGACGAAGCGAAAUGGCUCACAGAAAAAACUAUUUCGUUCCUGGGUAAAUCUCGAACUCUGUUGGAAUCCACCGCCGUGAACUACCCGAGUAAAUCGCGACAAAAUUUGAGGCUAAUUGACACAUGACAACGGGCUUCGGGAGAAAUUUUACCAUAAUAACACACGUAGACCGCGACCAAGCUGAAUGUCUCAACGUCGCUCAUACUGUGAUAGUUGGGGAGUUUUUUAGUGAGUCGUGAUGGUAUGGUAGUGAAAGUGAACCCUAAAGACCUACCCAACUGCGUUA